UUCUUAUAUAAAUAUGCUUUCAUUUCAUCCGUUGUUUUCGCUUCCACUGCAGAAUCUCUCGUUCCCUUUUCUUUUUCCCUCUUUUACUACAUGAGAGAGAGAGAAAGUUCUUAGCUUUCCCUGUUUCUGACAUUUUUCUCAUGAACUUUUUUUCUUUCUUUCUAUAUAUCAAACACUCUUUCUCUCUUUGCUUAUAAUUGAGACACAAAAGAGAGGGGAUUCCCGAUUAUGGGGAAGCAAAGGUAUUGGAGCGGACAUGGAAGAACAGCCACAGCCUCCACUAAAACACUCAAAAAUCAACCAAAUGGUUUCGAUGAAGCUUCUUCUUCUACCUCUGCUGGCUGUAUGUGUGCUGUUUUUCAGCUCUUUGAUUUUCAUCCUUUGAGCCACCACCAACAUCAUCACCCUCCUCCAUCAACUGUUUCUCUCAACCCCAUUGUCUCUCCUCCACCGCCGGACGACGACCAUCUGUCUAAAGAUCAAAAUCUGAUUUUGAGUAAUGGGUCAGUGAAAAAUUUAGGUAUUGAAGCUCCACGAAACAGUGUGGAGUCAGAGGAAGAAGAAUCUUCAUUGCCAUGUACUCCAAAACAAAAGGAGGAUGGUUUACAUUUCCCAAAGGGCAUUGUUCAAAUCAAAACCAAAAGUGGAAUAACCAAAGAAUCAGAAAUGAAUUCAAACAAGAAUUUGUCCGCCGGCAACGACUCUCCGAGCACCAAGACGCCAACUUUAGUGGCGAGAUUAAUGGGUUUGGAUCUUCUACCUCAAUCCACCUCUCCUUCAACCACAUCCAGAACUCCUUAUUCACUUGUUGGAAAGCCAAAAACAGGCAAAAAUCAUUUAACUGGGACUCGUUCCUUGCCGGAAACCCCAAGAACAUCUUGUGAAAGAAAACCAAAUGUGGAUAAUUAUCACCACCGCCUCUCACUUCAAAUCCCCAAUUUCGAUAAAGAGAAUGCAAGUCCAAGUCCGAAUCCAAGCCAUUAUGCUAAAGAGAUCGUGAAGCAAAUCAAAGAAACUGUGAGCAGAAAAGGUGGUCUCAGCGAUAUCACCAAUAAUUAUUACAGUACAAGAAGAGAUCAGGAUAUCAUUACUCAAACAAAACCCAAAAAGGUCAUAUCAUUAUCAUCAUCUUCUUCAGUAUCUCCCAGACUGCCCAAAAAUCCCAACAAACAGACACCAAAAGUCGAGGCCAUGAAAGAAGGUGUUCUAGGGCAGAGGAAGCCAAAAAGACAGAAGCCCGUGAAGACAAAGGCGGGAUUAAAGAAGAGUAAUAAACAAGAGGAGCCAUUUGUAGUUCCAUCCAGAAUAACCAAAGCCGCCAUUGAUGGUCCUCUCAAGAACACUAAGAAAACUCCAUUGUCGAAUCAGCUUUUGAACUUCGGCUCUGUUCCGACCAUUGUUAUGAAGAAAGACCCUCCAUUUCCCUCACCCAUUAAACCAUCUCCAAUGCAGUCACCGUGCAAUCGGAAUCAACCUGCAAAUCAGACAGUCGAUAAGGAAUCAAAACGAUACUUGCAGUCAUCUAACCACCAACCCCACAUUCCAAUUAUUCAUCAUCACCAACACGUCAUCCAAUCACCACUCAGCAACAGUAAUAAAGACGGCAACAACCCCAAACAAAACGCCGCCGAUUGCAGUUACAACCACGACAUUGCGGCAGAACUGGAGUACAUUAGACAAAUACUCCUCCGCCGCAGGAGUACUUCCUCUUCAGUGUACUCCACCGUUUUCCCUGAAAAUUACAACACCACCCAUAAUAGAGUUUCAAAUUCACAUAGAAAAUUACUCUGCCACUUGGUCGAAGAAUUGUUGGAGCCGUAUCUCGAAGUAAGGCCGUACCGGAAGGCGGCAUCGCCGGGAGAGGUAUGGGCGGAUGUGGUGGAGAAAUUGUGCGAGAAAGUGAAAAGGUUGCCACGUGCCAAGUGUGAGAUAUUGGAGGACAUAGAUGGGAUAAUCGAAAAAGACAUGGAAAUUUUGGGGAUUGGCUUUGAAGAGGAAGGUGAGGGGAUAGUGAAGGAGAUUGAGGAGUGUAUAGUGGAGGAGCUUUUGAACGAAACGGUGCGUUUUGUUGAGACAGAGAUGGCAGGAUAAUCACGUGGGAGAUGCCACUUGGAGAGUGUAGACCCACAGAUGCAGGUCGAAGUUACACGUGGACUGUUGACCCAGCCGACAAACACUGAGAUUUUUCGGUUCUGGAAAGACGGUCUUUUUUGGCGAAGGAAUCCCAUUCCUCCUUCUCUCUACAAAUUUUAUUUCUCACUCUAAAUUCCCAAAAUUACAAAAAAGGCUAUUUAAUGUAUCCUAUAUCUUCUAUAGUGUAAAAAUUAAUAUUUAAAAGCACUGUUUUAUUCAUUCAAUUAAACUUAUAUUUUCUUU